AUGUUCCGUGCAGUGCUGGUGCUUAGCGUCUUGGUGGCGAUUGCCACCGCUGGUCCUACUCCUGACAGACGUAUCGUCGGGGGGAUCGCUACCGUAGCAGGCGAUGCUCCGUGGAUGGUGUCACUGCGCAAUUCGCUCAACUCGCACCUCUGUGGUGGUACUCUGUUGAGUAAUCGCUUCGUGCUAUCGACGGCCAACUGUUUGACGGGACGAAUUGCCACGGCUACGAUGGCGGUCGCUGGAACGCGCUUCCUAAACACCGUUGCCGUUCCGUAUUGGGGCAUCCAGAUCAUCGUGCACCCGAAUUACAACGUCAAUACGCUCGAGAACGAUGUCGCCCUGUUCCAGACGGCCAUUCCAUUAAUUUUGACGCAAUCAGUUCAACCUCUCGCCCUAUCGCCCGAUGUGAUUGGCACCGCCGUUCGUGCUCGUGUGUUCGGUUGGGGAGCCAUCCAGGAUGGAGGUGGAAACUCUAACGCGCUAAACUUCCUUAACGUCAACACGCUCAGCAACGAUGACUGUGCGAGCUUCCUGGGCGCAGAAGGAUGGCGCAUUGGACCAUCGUCGCUCUGUACGCUCACUCGCGAGGGCCAGGGAAUUUGUGGCGGAGACGAGGGUGGUGCGCUUGUGCUGGACAAUUAUGCAAUCGGUGUGGCCUCGUGGUCCGUGGAGUCCUGUGCCAGCGGUCGACCGGAUGUGUUUGUGCGUAUUUCGUCUGUCCGUAGCUGGAUUCUUAACUUUAUCUAA